AGCUGUGGUCGAUCACAUAGUCAGUGGGAGGAACCAAGCGAAGUUCUUGACAAGGAGGUCAAAUUUUAAUUUCAAAACAACAGGGUCUUUCCAUUCCGAACCUUCAACCGUCGAUGCAGAUCGUAUCUUACAUAUUUAAACUAUCAGAUUGUAUGUCUUGGUGAGCAAUCGGGUCAUUUUUCAAGGGGACACAGACUUGAACUUUAUUUUAUAUUUGGACUCGCCUGGUUUGUUUGGUUGGCUCUCUUUCUUCUGACGCAGAAACGCUAAUAAUUAUCAACGUACGUGGGCAUAUACCUUCAUAACAGCUCACAUCCGCUCGAUUUCUUGGUUUUAUACAUCUGUCGUAUCGUAGGAAGAUCCUCUCUCUACUAAGGAAUUGCGAAAUAAAACCUUUAUUUCCCUUCAGACUCGACACUCGAAAUUAUUCAUGUUGAUAAUUUGAAAAUCUACUGGUUUUGACUGCCUCCAAUAGACGUGUAAAUAUAUCUCUCGCUGUGAGAACGAACACUUGGCUUUCGAUACGAAGAUGAAGAUUCUUUUGGGCCUAAUAUUUCUGUUCUGCGUUUUACCAAACGUUUUCCCGGAGGAACUAAAAGAAGAGGAUGAUUUAUUUGUCCAUCACAACUACGACCAAAUGAAGAGAUUUUUAAAUAAGUUAGCGAAGAAGUACCCGAAGCUCACUCGUGUUUACAGCAUUGGAAAGACAGUAGAAAAAAGAGACAUGUUAGUAAUGGAAAUAUCCGAUAACCCAGGGAAACAUGAACCAGGGGAACCAGAAUUCAAGUACAUUGGCAAUAUGCACGGCAACGAAGUGGUUAGUAGAGAAAUCCUUCUACAUUUGAUCAGGCAUUUGUUGGAGAACUAUAACAAGGAUGAGAAAAUCAAGAAACUGGUCGAUACGACAAGGAUCCACAUUAUGCCUUCCAUGAAUCCAGAUGGAUACGAAAAAUCCAAAGAGGGCGAUUGUGCUAGUGUUCAAGGCAGAGCCAACGCUCACCUUGUUGACUUGAACAGAAACUUCCCAGAUCAGUAUGAAAAACGAAAGCAACCAAUGCAACAAGAAACAAGGAACAUGAUAAAAUGGAUCCGAGAGAACCCUUUUGUGCUGUCUGCAAACCUUCAUGGAGGUUCCCUCGUAGCAAACUAUCCAUUUGAUGACUAUCCAGAUAACGAAAAGAGAAGUGGCACUACAAACCCAAGCCCUGAUGACAAGCUGUUCAAACAUUUAGCAAGUGUUUAUGCCAGAGCACAUCCAACCAUGCAUCUUGGAAAACCAGCCUGUUCUGAUGACCCUUCUGAAAUGUUCCCUGGAGGAAUAACGAAUGGAGCUCAAUGGUACCCAGUGGCUGGGGGAAUGCAAGAUUUUAACUAUCUGAAGAGCAAUGCUUUUGAAAUUACUGUAGAAGUCAGCUGCUGUAAAUUUCCUAGAGCAGAUAAACUGAAAGGUUUCUGGGAAGCAAACAAGCCUGCUUUACUAGCAUACCUAGACCAAGUACAUACUGGAAUCAAGGGUUUUGUUAAGGGAGAAAAGGGACAGCCUCUAAGUGGUGCUUCAAUUGAUGUAGAAGGACUUGGCCAUCCUGUCAGGUCUGCCAAAGGUGGUGAUUACUGGCGUCUUCUUUUACCUGGUGACUAUUUUGUACAAGUAAAACACCCAGGCCACAAGACUCUGAAGAAACGGGUCCAUGUUGAUCCUGGAUUAGCCAAAGAGGUCUCAUUCAUCAUGAAACCUGGUGAGUCAGAGAUAGAAGAGGAUAUGACAAACUUGGUUAAAAAAGAAGAGGUUCUUCAACCAGAGACCAAGAAAACAACCCCAGUGGCUCUUAUCAUUGGCUUGACCAUUGUCUGCAUUAUAGCUCUAAUCCUGGCCAUUGGUUUAGCAGUAAUGCUUACCAAACGACACAAGGAAAGAACCAAUUGUGAAGAUGGUUAUUCAAAGGUUUCUACUAAUGGUUAAUAAUUUUAAAUUCUAUGAACACUGUGUAUCACAUUAAAAAAAAUUUUUUUAUGGGUCAUUUAAAUGAUGCAACAUCUUAAAGCAAUCUUUCUUGUUUCUUUUUUACCAAAAAUUUGAAAGGGAAAAGAUUACAUUUAGGUGCUCAACUACUGUAGUGAUUUCACUCUAGAGAGAGAAGGGGAUGCUAAUUAGCAAUUAUAAGUCCUUGAGCUCGAAUGGGCUAUUGACUUAUAGGCCAUGAGAGCGAGAGCUAGGACUAACUGUUUUAGUCAAAUCUAACUAGUCUGUCAAAUAUAUAGUUAAAAACAAGUUUUGAAUUAAAGUUAAAUUUAAUGUUUUGGUUUUCAAAGAAGUGUGCACUCCUUGUUUCAAAGAGAUCAAUUCUUUUAGUUUUGGCGGUUCUUAUGCAAGUGCCGACACAAUUUGAGCUAUGGGAAAAAUUGCACAUUUGAAUGCACCCUCAAAAAUGUUUCACCAUAAAUUACAUGUAUAUUUAUACAAACACAUCGUCAUAUCAACACAGUGAUCAUUAUAUUCAUAUAAAUCCAAAUACUUUUUGUUAUGCAUUCGCCAUACUUUUCAACUAUAUAACAAUAAUCAACAUUCUGUUAGUAUUCUUCAGUUUCUAUGUGAUACACAGUGUUCUAUGAAGAAUGUGUAGUCUAUAUGUUAAUAUGAUAAUCCCCCCCCCCCCCUGGUGAAUUUUGAAUGAUGCUUACUUCUGUUGAUUUUGGAUUUAAAUAUAAAUUUUAUUCCCUGAUUAUGGACUACUAAGUCUGAAAAUGAGGAAUAAAAUGCAAAAACUUGUAUGUUGAAAAAACAUGUAGCUUUGUUUCCUGAAAAUUUAGAAGAUGCUAUCCUUACAAAGAGGUUCUUUACAAUGAACACUCAAGAUUAUAGACACCAUUUCAUUUUUCUCAUCUUCCAGUUCAGGGGUUGAUCCAGGGGUGGUGAAAGAGUGCCUAGUCACCCCGUUUUGCUCAAAUUUCUCAGUAUAUUGUCAGUAAUCGUCACCCCCUUUUCCUCAAAUUCCUGUUAAAACCUUUAUAAUAGUCACCCUCCCUUCUAAAAUUCCUGGAUCUGCUCCUGCAGUUGACUAAUAAGCAUUGGCUUACAAGGCAGAUGUUGUAUGAUGUUGGUGGGUUUUGAUGAUAGCUCAUUUGGUCAGUUUUUCUUUUAAAAGCUUAAUACAUAGACUUCACAUUCUUAAAUACAGAAAUUCGUAAUUAUGAAAUACAUUGGAAAAUAAUAUAAAUGAAGCUGUUUUGGUCAAAAACAUCAACAUGGCUCACACUUUAGUAUGCGGGUAAACAUUACUAUAAGUUAAUCAUUAAUAUUAAUCAUUAAGUUUAGGGCUCCAGAAAACUUACCAAUUCAGCAAAAAAUUCCUUUUAUUUUUUUAAUAAGGCCUUGGUUCUUUUAAAAUUUGUAAAUGUCUCAGAAUAGAUGUUUGGGUAAGAGGAUAGAAUAGCUUCAAAUCUAUCAAAGAUGGUCGUGUAUAUAUAUCUUUAAGUUUAAUUUAUUAGUCUGAGAUAGAAAAGAGAUGUAAAGUUUAAUGCUUGGACUCUGAAGCUGUCAGAAAUCUUUAACUGUGUUGGGGGAAAUUUCCCCUUUCCUUGGAAGCUAUAUUGAUUGUUUCAGAAUAAUGUAAAACUAACAGUUUCAGAUGGGUUAUUGUACCUACUUUUCUCACUUGAGAACCUAAAAAAUAAUUAGAACAAUACUUGAACUAUACAGAAGACACGGAGGGUCUUGAAAUAACUAAGGAGUUAAAUGGUUAGAGGUUGAACUGGAAGGGGUAUAAGAAUCAAAUACAAUGGCCCUUAAUAUCAAAACACUGUACCCUGCUUGGCAGAUACUUUCUGUUUUUCUUCUCUCCUUAUUGAGUAUUGAGAAACAGGAAACCUCGGUCAGAGCAGGGUAAACAACACUGUAAUGGUAAUUUAUAGAUACACAUCAAGACAUCUUUGAGGAGAUUUAACUUUAUUCAUUUAAAAUUAAAAUUCAAUAGGUGCGCAACAAGUGGAAACGACAUUAAUAGUAUUCCUCAUACUUGUGUUCAAAAGUAAUUUAAUCCAAUAAAUUAAGUGAAUAGAUACAAAUAAAAUUGAAAGUUUGGGGAAAA